AUUCCUCAACGCCUAAAACCCUGAGCAAGCUAAGCUCAGGUUAACGCCGGGAACAAGUUACAAGACAAUGGCUGAGAAAGAAGGGAAGGAGGAAAAGAAGGAAUUUUCCAUAUGGGAUUUGCCGGAUGUGCCGAUGGGCAAGCUGCCACCACACCUUGAGCUCCAAAGAACGCGCGUUGUCUGCAACGCCGAUGCCCCAAUCCAUGUAUUUCUCUCUUACUCUUUUCACUUUCCCAAUUUCUAAAGUAACUUUUAUGCUAGUAUGAGCUUCUGUCAAGUGAAACGCUGUAGAAGAUUAGAAGCAAAACCAUUCAGAUUGCCUUAUGUAUAUGUUUCUCAUGUUGGAUCACUCAUGCUUCUUAAAUAUGCAUUUUUUUCAAGAAAUAAUUCCAUUCUUU